AUGUUCAAAUAUCGAAUCCGCAUGUUUUUCAACGAGCUCAAGGUGCUAGUGUUCAUGCGAUCGGACACAGGGCAAACGGACGAGGAGAGGCGAACCAGCGGGGCCAACAGCUCAGCCAUGCGGGACUUCGGGCUCGGCAUGGCGGACUGUGGAUGCAUGGCGCCCUUCAUAGACUGCCAUGCGCGCGAUGACGAGGAGGAAUACUACGGCAGAGACCCGCGGCCCCGGAGCCUGGCCUUCGAGGAGAAAGAGCCCGGAAAGCUGCAGAGUGUGCAUGGGUUAGACACAGUGUCGCUGAGCAGCACAGCCAGCAGCCUGCGCACGCCCCAGUGUCGGAUCUGCUUCCAGGGACUCGAGCAGGUGAGAAAUGUGCUCCUCUUUUGGCUUUGA